AUGAAAAGAAAAAAUCCGUUUAGUUCGUCUGUAACAAGUAAACAUAAUUCAGAUUCCACAGAAUAUGUAGAAGAAAAUUCUUCUGAUCACCAGUCAUCAGACAAAGUAAAAGAAAAUAGCUUAGAUAAGCCACUGAAUCAGAAUGAUCAAGAGGAUAAGCAAACCACCUCGAGUCGAGUUACUAAAGAACAAUUUUUAGCUGCUGCAAAUGAAUUAGAACUGGAUGAAAAACAGCUCAAUAGGGAAACAUGGCGCUUUAAUGAUUUCACGCGCUCUGAUGAAUCCGUUUGGGGUCGUUUAACACUGAAACUGAAAUUAAAUCAAACAGAAAAUGUGCGCCAUUCUUUGUACAAUUUUUGGCGACGACAUCGUGCAAAAAUAGUAGACAAUCUAUCUAAAAAGUGGAUGGAUUCUGCCGAAGAAACGAAUAAAUCAGAGAAAGUAAAUGAAGGUAAUUUUUCUUCGUUGAGCUCAGAAAUUAAACCGCUAAUGUCUAACGCGUCAGUUCCAUAUCCAGCGACUCGCUCGGCAGCCCAACAACAGUUGUACCUUCCAUCAAUGAUUGAAGCAUCAUUUAUCCUGAGUCGUAAAGAAUGGAGAGAGAUAUACGAUCGUUCGGAACGUCGAAUGAUAUCUGAAUGGACAAGUACUAUCUGUACGAAAGUGUGCUCUUGUAACUUUCAAUGUGUCUUAGCUUUUCUAGGUAAUAAAAUCGGUGUCGAAAAUUCUCGCAAAACAAACUGUCCCUUUUUCCGUGCGGUAGCUGUUUGUAAGAUAGGCUCAUGCGAGCGAACAUUUGAAAUUUUAAUCAGAGAUGAACCGCCGGUAACAGAAAGUGUUGUUUUUCUCAUACGAGCCGUUGGACAGGAGAAGCAUGAUGAAACUGAUGAAGCUGCUUCACGCAAACUGACUGGAAAAAACAGACUCAUCGUAGGAGAGGCAGCUGAUAUAGUCGGUCCUCUAAAGGUAUUUCAUCAAAAACUAGAAGAUGCAGAUAAAGAAAUGUUAUCCGCUCGUAACUUCACUGGUUGUGAGACUUUAGAAGUGAUAAAACAUGCAGUAGCAGAUUACCGGAAAAAAUAUAAACUUGACGAAGAUAUUUUCCGAGAAUGCCGAGUGAGACAACAAUUGCUCGAAGAUAUCGAUGUCGUUUCUGCUAAAAUAAAAGGUUAUGUGCAAGUUAUCGGUGAGAAGCCGUUUCGUCUACAUCUCACAUCAGAAGCACAAGUUUUAAGGUUUAUUACAUAUUGUGCAAAGAGUACUUACUCACAUGUGCACAUCGAUGCAACUGGAUCGAUCGUGAAGAACCUACCUCAUCAAAAGAUAGUUCUAUUAUAUGCCGCUGUUUUCAAAGACGGAAACGAUCCAACCAACACAAUACCGUUAGGCCAUGCUAUUCUUGCAGAUCACACUGCAACGAGUAUUAGUUAUUUUAUUGGCAACCUUCGACAGCAUGUCGUCACAUUAGUAGAUAAAGUUAUUCGACCAUCCUUUUUUGUAACAGAUUUUUCUCCUGCACUUUUCAAUGCUAUUCUACAGACAUUCAACCAUGAAGAUAUUCGUAGUCAUUUAAAGCGAUGUUGGAAUGUUGUAUUGCGAAAGUAUGACGCUAAAGAACUCCGUUCUCGAUCAUUUUUGCGCUUUUGCUGUUCGCAUGUUAUGAACGCUUGUGCUAGAAGUCUAUCUGCCGCAAAUGUAGCAAAAGGGAUUAGGAAAAAAGUGAUGCACGUAUUUGCUUUGUUUAUCAAUUGUGGUGAAUUAGAGUUAUCAUUUAGAUUCUUAAAACGCGUUUUACAUGUAUUUGGUAAUCCGUAUGCUACUGAUGCCGAGAAUGUACUUCAAUGUUUUUUAAACGCACCAUAUGAUAUGGAAGGCAUUCCUGAAAACAUAGGUUCUUGUGACUUCGAAGUGGCAGAUGAUUCGAUAGAUCCUUUAGACGAAGUAGACGAGAAUAUGCAGGGCAGUAAAGCAAUCAUUCACGGCUCGCCCUUUAAUACUGAAGCCAUUCGUCGAUUCCCUGAGAUCUCUGAGCUGUUGAAUUCGAGAAAGAAAUAUGAAAACAUAACAAAUCCCCUUUUCUGUCGUCGAAUUAUUUAUGUCGUUUACAAGUGGUUUGCGUAUUUGCCUUUAUGGACAUCUUUACUUACCGAAUUUGAAGAUCGAUAUGCGACUGAUCGAACGCCGGUUGACAUUCGAAAAUAUGAGCAAGGUCGUUUAUCGAAUGCUCAAAUAGAGUGUUAUUUUGGUAUUCUGAAAGAUUCAAUUCUUCAAAAAAAAACAAACCUGCGACCAGCAGAGGUGAUUGUAUCACUUUAUCGAAGCGUUCAGGUUCACCUGAAAGCGGACAAAUUUGGAGUUGGUCAAAUGGCAAAAAAUCGAAGGGGAAAACCUAAAGAUGUGAAUAUAGAGGAGUCUUGGGGAAAGAGAAAAGCUCAGAAGAAAGAACGAAAUAUACAUUUUUCUCGAAUUGAUAAAUGUAAGCAGAAGCGACUUGUACACAAAGCGACCAGUCCUAAGCCGAAAGCAGUCAGACACAGAGCUGAAACAGUGAGUCCUGUAUCCAAAGCGAUCAGUCCUCGGUCAAAAUUGGUUAGGGAAAAAUCAGAACCGAUCGGCUUUGAUUUACAACCCAACGACUUUGACAACUCGUGUCUCCUUAUUAGCAGUAUACAGAACAAAACUGAUCAUAUCUUGAAUAAUAUAACUAACGCUGCUGUACCAAACUAUCCACCAGACUUUUCCACAUCAAAGUCUGCAGAAAGCUUUUGUGGCAGUAAUCUUCUGAUCGAACAAUGCUUUUCGGAUAAUUCACCAGUGGUGUCACCUUUAAGUCAACCAGUCUCUCCGUUCAAUAUUUUUUCAGCUCUGCAAUGUGAAAGUUCCACGAAUGUUUUAUCUCGUCAGAAACCAAUGAAAACUUUAACAGAAAAUGAAUUUCAACUACAAGAUUAUUACGAAAAACAACAGGAGAAACAGAACAAUGAAAACACAGAUGUGACGAUAAUAAAGAGUACUUGUGGCCGUAGGCCAUCAUCAGAAAAUGUUUUUGAAAUUGAAACCCUUGAUUCAACGUCAAGUCGUGGCAUCCAUCGAAUGGUGACUAUUGAUCAAUGUCCUCUUCUAUGGCCGGCUUUCGGUAUCUAUAAGAAGAGUUUUGAGGGUAAAGUAUAUUCGGUAACAAACACUUGCAGCAUCGAUGCUGCUUUAUUUGCUAUAUACGUUAUAUUUUGGACCGAAUCAUCAAUAAAGAGUGUUAUUUUAAACUCCGAAGCUGAACCGUUUCUGUCUCUCCGCAAAACUUUUGCAUUGGUUGAAUCGAACGGUUGGGACGAGGCAAGAUUAUAUUGGCUUACCAGUCAUAGUAUUCUCGCUCAUCAACAGUCCAAUCAAUA